GGAUGCCUGAACUUUCUGGGAGAGAAACCAAAACGUUUCCUUGUUUAGUCUGAUCAGGGCAUUGAUUGGUUGAAUGGGAAGGCUUAUGGACAUUUUUUGAGAAGCUCAAGUGCCUGGACAUUAUUUCUAUUUGACUAACUGGCUCUGGUCAUGAUCACUUUAAGAAUCAGCCCCUUCAUUGGAUGCACAUAAUUCUGAUAAGACUCCACUGCCUAUUUAUACUGAGGGUGCACUCUCUCCUUUGGUUUCUCCCUUGAGCAGCUGUGGAAGAAGGUUUUGUGCCAGAUUAAAAAAACCUCCUACACCGCUCUUGUCUGGUGGUUUAAGGGAGAUAAUAUUCUCAGGAGCAUCCUGAGAGUCACUGGCAGGAUACGUGAUAGAUCAGUUACUCACACAGAGGCUCAAUGGCAACAAGAUAAGGGAGCCUGACUGUGAGCUCGGAGGCUCAUAAAGACAGCUUUCGGACAACCUCGAGCCGGGGGGUGGCUAGGCCGUCCUGUGAACCUGAAGGUAGAUUAUUUCAGAAUGACUACUGGAAAAGCCACGAUUGGGAAGCUAGCCCCUGAUUUUGAAGCCACUGCUGUGAUGCCAAAUGGACAAUUUGAGCAACUUAAACUGUCUAAAUACAGAGGAAAAUACGUAGUCUUCUUUUUCUACCCACUUGAUUUCUCCUAUGUGUGCCCAACUGAGAUUAUCGCUUUUAGUGAUCGUAUAGAAGAUUUCAACAAGAUUAAUUGUGAAAUAAUUGCUGCUUCUACAGACUCCCAUUUUGCUCAUUUAGCUUGGAUCAAUACACCAAGAAAGCAAGGAGGACUUGGUCCAACAAAAGUCCCUUUAGUAUCAGACCUUCGUCGCACAAUCUGUGUAGAUUAUGGUGUCUUAAAAGAUGAUGAAGGCAUUGCUUUCCGAGGUUUGUACAUCAUUGAUAAUACUGGUAUUCUACGCCAGAUCAUGAUCAAUGACCUUCCUGUUGGGCGUUCAGUGGAUGAGGUCAUGCGGCUUGUUCAGGCAUUCCAAUUUACAGAUGAGCAUGGUGAAGUUUGUCCUGCUAAUUGGAAACCUGGUGCUGAUACCAUCACUCCUGAUGUAGAAAAAAGCAAGAAUUACUUCACAAAACAGAAAUAAUUUCUGAUUUGUUUAUGGUUCAUUGUGACCAAUAUAGAAUAUUAGCCUGUUAACUGUGUAGCUGAAAUAAGAGUUGUUUUUAGUGAGCAGAUAUUUUGCGGCUGUUUGACACCAAAACUGAUAAGUAUGAGAGUACAUUUUAUGCAUUGAAGCUCUGCUCAGAGCCUCACUUGAUGAGGUAUGGAUCAGAGAAUUGGGAAUGGAGGUAAAUGUGCCUAAUUUGUAUACUCCUAGUUUUCUGGUAAUUAAUUUCUAUCACUGGAAAAGCAAGUGGCCAUAAAUUAGGCUUGAUAAGCCCUAUGCUGCCUGAUUUUCCAUUUGUUGUACUUGUUGAGUAAAGCUCUGUGCCAGGAGCAAAGUCUUGCAGAUUUACCCUGUAUCUGACAAAAUCAGUUUCUACUUCUGUAUUAGUUAGAAAGAAUCUUCUCUUCUGAAGAUUAAAUGCUCCACUGUUUCGUAGGAGUUGGAGCAUAGUGGUGACUUUGAUUAAACCAGUGUUGGGUAAAAUUCAUUACAUAUUUUGUGCAUUUGUCAGUACAGCAAUAAAGUUUUGAAGAGAA